AUGCAAAUGAUAUUUUCUGAAAGUAAGGGGAUUCUGGAGGAGUACAGUGAAAUCACCAGCCUGUUAACAGAUGAAAUAGUGAAGGUCCACAAAGAAAUACACACUUCCAUCGACCAAAUCGAUCCACUGUCAGAGUAUGACAACUUCAUCGAAGUUCAUAAAUCACCAGAAGCCAAAGAAGCAAAUGUAGAAUUUGAUGCAACGCUAUUAGAAGAAACUGAGAAUCUUCAAGCAAAUGAGAUUCUGUGGAAUAAUUUGACAGCAGACAGUUUACAAGCAAUGCUGAAGUCCACCUCAGAGGAGCUGCUCCUAACCCAGCAGAGUCUGCGCAGCAAAGAGGACCUCAUGCUGGACCUGGAGAACAAACUAGAGGAAUCUACCAAAACCUAUGAGAAGAAAUCAGAGUGAGAGAAUGAACCUCCUUUAACC